AUGAAAUUCUGGAAAUUAUCUUCUAAUGCAUUAGCAACACUCUUAGCAAUUGUCUCAAUUACUCAAGCUAGUGGUCCAUCUGAUGGUGAUGCUGUUGCUGAUCCAAAUAGUGCUGUUGUUAAAUUAACUACUGCCAAUUUUGAAUCAUUUAUGCAAGAAAAUCCUUUAGUAUUAGCUGAAUUCUUUGCUCCUUGGUGUGGAUAUUGUAAAAUGUUAGCACCAGAAUUCUCAAAAGCUGCUGAUAAAUUAAAUGAAUCAAAUCCAAAAAUUAAAUUAGGUCAAGUUGAUUGUACUGUUGAAGAGCAAAUUUGUCAACAAUUUGGAAUUAAAGGAUAUCCAACUUUAAAAAUCUUCAGAGGUGAUGUCAAAACUCCACAAGAUUAUGAUGGUCCAAGAGAAGCUGAUGGAAUUGCCGAUUUUAUGAUUAAACAAUCAUUACCUGCUGUUUCACAACCAGCUACCGAAGAAGAAUUAUUUAAAUUAGUUGAUGGUCAAGUUAAACCAUUUGUAAUUCAAGUUAAUCCAUCUAAAGAAUCAAAUGUAACUUUUAAUAAGAUUGCUGAAACAUUAAGAAAAGAUCAUACUUUUAUUAAUGUUGAAAAUAAUGAUUUAAUUGGUAAAUUAAAUAAAAAAUUAACUAAACUUGAUAUUUCUGGUAAAAAACCAAGUAUUUUAGUUAUUCAUCCAUCUCAAUUAGAUGAUGCAGUUAAAUUCGAAGGUAAAUCAUUUACUACAGAUGAAGUCAAGAGUUUUAUUGAAACUGAAGCUGUUCCAUACUUUGGUGAUAUCGAUAGAGAUACUUAUAUGUCUUAUAUGACUUCUCCAUUACCACUUGCUUAUUAUUUCUAUAAUACUGAAGAAGAAAGAAAAGAAAUUGCUGCUAAUAUUGAAAAAUUAGCUAAAAAACAUAGAGGAAAGAUUAAUUUUGCUGGUUUAAAUGCUAAAUUAUAUGGUAAACAUGCUGAAGUUAUAAAUAUGGAUCCAGAAGUUUUCCCAUUAUUUGCCAUUCAUGAAGUUAAUGACAAUAAGAAAUAUGGUGUUGAUCAAACUAAACAUCCAAAGGGACCUUCUAUUGAAGUUAUUGAACAAUUUGUUGAAGAUUAUUUCCAAGGAAAAUUAACUCCAAUUAUUAAAUCAGAAGAUUUACCAACUGAAGAAGAAAAACUUGCGAAUCCAGUAGUUAAAUUAGUGGCUCAUAAUUAUCGUGAAAUCUUAGACGAUGUAUCCAAAGAUAUCUUUGUUAAAUAUUAUGCUCCAUGGUGUGGUCAUUGUAAGAAAUUAGCUCCAAUUUGGGAAGAAGUUGCCCAAGUUUAUGGAUCUAAUAAACCGGAUGCAAAAGUUUUAAUUGCUGAUAUUGAUCAGACUAAUAAUGAUGUCGAUGUUCCAUAUCCUAUCCAAGGCUAUCCUACUUUAUUAUUAUAUCCAGCUAAUGGUAAGAUUGAUGAAAAAACCGGAAUAAGAGAACCAAUCUUAUUUGAAGGGGCAAGAGAUUUUGAUUCAUUGCUUAGUUUUGUUAAGGAUUCAGGUGCUCUUCAUGUCGAUGGAUUUAAAUUAAAGGAAGAAUUAGAUGCUACCAAGAAUGCUAUUGUAGAAGAAGAUGAAGAAGAAGUAAAAGCAGAAGAAAAACCAAAGGCUGAUGAAAAGGAACAAGUUGCUCAUGAUGAAUUGUAA